AUGGCAUGUUAUCUAGACUGGAGUCAGAAGAAUCACGAUCAUAAAUCAACGACCUGGUGUCCAUGUGGAGCAAGUAAAGAUGAGCUACUGCCGUUACUAUAUCGCUUUCAAGCAAUCUUUGACACCACAAAAUACAACAUUGGAAAAACACCGAUCAAUAAUAUAAUAAACACAAUACUACAUUCACCGCCAGCAUGUCAACCGUAUCCACAACCAAGACAUGAAGAAGCAUUAUAUAAUAUAAUUCAAGAAUUUCUAAAAGCUGGUUUGAUCACUAAAUCAGCACCAGCCAUACUGGUUGAUGAAGGUGAUGGAAAAAAGAGAUUACUAGUUGAUUUUAAAAAGUUAAAUCGUGUAACAAUCAAAGAUUCAUCCCCAAUGCCGAAUAUGAAAGAAACUAUCAGAAAGUUGGGAAAAGGAUACAAGUAUUUGUCCAAACUAGAUUUGAAAUCAGGAUUCUAUCAAAUUCUAGUUUUCGAGGGAGGAGGGCAGGAAGGGCCAAAGUAG